AUGGAUCAGACCCACACACGAGCCCUAGAGGCUCUCCAACCGUUCAUCCACCUAGCUCGCUCCAACAAUGCAGGUUCACCUCGCUUUAUCGCCAAUCUUAUCACAAAUGCUACCUCGAGCACCCACACCUAUGUCUUUGCAGAGCUGCUCGAGCUACCCACGAUCCAAGCGUUACGGUCACCAGACACCCCAGCCGAGUUCAAGGGCUACCUAAAGCUACUAGAGAUCUUCGCAUGGGGCACAUGGCAAGAAUAUCAAGGUAAGAUUGCAUGUACCCAGAGCCCAGGAACCACAACAGCCUCCAAGUCUCUAGAUGGGAGACUCCCCACAUGUGCAGAGAAUCAACCUUCCCAGGGGACCAGAAUCCAAGCUAAUGAACACCCCGCACCAGCAACCCCAAACCUCCCCGAACUGAAUACCGAACAAACCCUCAAACUCCGCCUGCUCUCACUCCUAACCCUCUCAACAACAAUCAAACCCCUCACCUACAGCGCCCUGAUGACCGCCCUUAGCACCCCUACAAAAGCUGAACUGGAAUCCCUCGUAACCACAGCCAUCUACGCCUCCCUGAUAACAGCUCGCCUUUCACCAGCUUCCAACCCACCAUCUGUGAACGUGACAGCCGUCGCCGCACUCCGCGAUGUUCAACCCCAGUCCCUCCCUAAGAUGAUCGCCAACUUAAGCGAGUGGGAAUCGCGUUGCGGCGAGGUCGUCUCCGAUCUGGAGGCGGAGAUUGCACGCAUUAAGAGUGACGCUGCGAAGCGUGCCUCACGCGCACAGGCACACAGCGAGGCGCUCGAGGAGGCUGUUAAGAGGAAGCAAAGUGCGGCGAAGAAGGGUGGUCGGCGCGGUGGCCGGCUUGGCGCUGGCAUUGGGGGAGAUGAUGGAUUCUUUGAUACGUAUGAUGGUGGUGAGCAUGGCUCGCGCAUGGAUAUUGAUGAGGCCCCUGGUGCUCGUGCUGGCAGUAGUCGGCAGCCAAAGAGGGUGUUAGGACGCAAGUCUUGA